AGAAGAUGAUCAUCUGUGAUCAGCUCUCAAUGCCUGUCGCAACAGGAAGUUGUUGGAAUUCGUAUCGGAUCGGACAACAACAACAACAUUACAACAACAACAGCAGAGUUCUCCGUUUACGUUCAUCCGACAAAGUAAUAACGAUAACGACGUUUAUAUUAUUACGAUGUCGAUAUGUGCUUGCACGGGAACCUCGGUUUUCUCUGGCUAAUGUUAAUCUUGAUUGCAAGUGUUAUGUGAGUGUGUGUGGCUGCUGCUCUAUUGUGCUAACUUGCUAGCUAGUAAGUUAACUAACGUUGGAUAACUAACGCGUUAGCUUCCUUGGUUGGGGGCAAUAUUGUCGAUGUCAGUCCGUAGCUAGCUAACCACAACAGCCAGUCGAACAUGAUAACACAUUUUAAGACAGAGCUAGCUAAUUAGCCAACGUUAGUCCUAUUUAUUAGCUAAGUAACGUUCGCUCACAUAGCUAGGGCCCCGAGAAUGUUAGCGUAGCUAUCCAGUUAGGUGGAAGAUUCCUUUGUUUUGAACUAUUUGCUUUUCUGUGUGUGUUCCUUCAGGAUUGUCGAUGGAUAACACCAGAUAUUGCAACGAUAGCUUCAAUAGCAUACGAAGUAGCACAAGUGACGAGGACAUGGUGGAGAUAGCAGGGGCGACAUUAGACUUCUCUAACACGGAGGAUGUACCACCCUUGGACCGAGACUAUGGUUCUGGUAAGACCAAGGCCCAUGUGUCUGUCUCUGUUGUAGUGUUUACACACACACACACAAUAAGUCAUGGAUUUGUUAAUGUGUGUCUUGUUUUGAUAGGUGUUUUGACUGAUCAAAUGUCUAUUGUUAGUUUUGACUAAAAGGUAACACAUGAAGCUGGGCCAGCCUACAUUGCUGGGAUUUAAUAUCAGUGAGACCAAAGUCCUCUUUGCAUUUCUUCCUGACUUUGUUUUGAUUUGGUUUAAUUUGACACCAAUUUCAUUUGGAAUAUGCAGUUAUUAGGCCUAAACCAUUCUGACUUGAUCACAUCCCAAACCUCACACUCAGUGAGGUGCCACUUUGUUUUUCAUCAAUAUUUUCCAGGAAUGUUGUCUGUAACACAUUGUUCCCUUUAAGUAUGUGUCAUUGAUAUGUAAGUAAAACCUUUGUUAUUAGAUAAACACUAAGGGGUAGUUUCCCAGACACAGAUUAAGCCUAGUCUUGGACUAAAAAGCAAGCUCAAUGGAUCAUCUCCAUAAAAAAUAUAUUUUUAGUCGAGGACUAGGUUUAGCCUAAUCUGUGUCUGGGAAACUGCCCCUAAAGCAAUGGCAGCUCUAGAAUGUGUUUACCUCAGUCCUUUUGAAUCUCUCUUCAAUUCCUCACCUCUACUUCCUCCCUUCUCCUCCAGGGGAUAACCCAGGUAUGGAGGAGGUAAACGGGGUUCCUAAACUGAUGGACCUGCUGGAUGAGCCUGUGCCAGGGGUGGGCACCUAUGAGGACUUUAACACCAUAGACUGGGUGCGGGAGAAGUCCAAAGACCGCGACCGGCACAGAGAGGUGACUCACAUCUAUUUAUUUCCUUUUAACUCUUAGUCUUAACCCACUUCCCAACCCAGAACAAAACACGUGUCUCAAACAGGCUUCAGAUCAGUAUCUAUGUGUACUUGUCAUCAUUAUUAGGUGUAGUAGCAACACAGUGUCAUUGGAAAGUAUUCAGACCCCUUCACUUUUUCCACAAUUUGUUACAUUACCAGCCUUAUUCUAAAAUGGAUUAAAAUGUUAUUUUUUCCUCAUCAAUCUACACACAAUACCCCAUAAUGACAAAGCAAAAACAGGUUUGUAGAAAUUUUUGCAAAUUUAUUUAAAAAAACAGAAAUAUCACAUUUACAUAAGUAUUCAGACCUUUACUCAGUACUUUGUUGAAGCACCUUUAGCAGCGAUUACAGUCUCGAGUCUUCUUGGGUAUGACGCUACAAGCUUGGCACACCUGUAUUUGGGGAGUUUCUCCCAUUCUUCUCUGCAGAUCCUCUCAAGCUCUGUCAGGUUGGAUGGGGAGCGUCGCUGCACAGCUAUUUUCAGGUCUCUCCAGAGAUGUUCGAUCGGGUUCAAGUCCGGGCACUGGCUGGGCCACUCAAGGACAUUCGGAGACUUGUCCCGAAGCCACCCUUGCGUUGUCUUGGCUGUGUGCUUAGGGUCAUUCUGCUGUUGGAAGGCGAACCUUCACCCCAGUCUGAGGUCCUGAGCGCUCUGGAGCAGGUUUUCAUCAAGGAUCUCUCUGUACUUUGCUCCGUUCAUCUUUCCCUCAAUCCUGACUAGUCUCCCAGUCCCUGCCGCUAAAAAACAUCCCCACUGCAUGAUGCUGCCACCACCAUGCUUCACCGUAGGGAUGGUGCCAGGUUUCCUCCAGACGUGACGCUUGAAAUUCAGGCCAAAGAGUUCAAUCUUGGUUUAAUCAGAACAGAGAAUCUUGUUUCUCAUGGUCUGAAAGUCCUUUAGGUGCCUUUUGGCAAACUCCAAGCGGGCUGUCAUGUGCCUUUUACUGAGGAGUGGCUUCCGUCUGGCCACUCUACCACAAAGGCCUGCUUGGUGGAGUCCUGCAGAGAUGGUUGUCCUUCUGGAAGGUUCUCCCAUCUCCACAAAGGAACUCUGGAGCUCUGUCAGAGUGACCAUCAGGUUUUUGGUCACCUCCCUGACCAAGGCCCUUCUCCUGUGUUCUUGGGGACCUUCAAUGCUGCAGACAUUUUUUGGUGCCCUUACCCAGAUCUGUGCCUCGUCACAAUACUGUCUCGGACCUCUACGGACAAUUCUUUCGACCUCAUGGCUUGGUUUUUGCUCUGACAUGCACUGUCAACUGUGGGACCUUAUAUUGACAGGUGUGUGCCUUUCCAAAUCAUGUCCAAUCAAUUGAAUUUACCACAGUUGGACUCCAAUCAAGUUGUAGAAACACCUCAAGGAUGAUCAAUGGAAACAGGAUGCACCUGAACUCAAUUUUGAGUCUCAUAGCAAAGGGUCUGAAUACUUAUGUAAAUUACACCUUGUCGUUCUCAAAACGGUGACCCGAUCCUGCAGGUUCAUGCUCUACAACAUUCGCAGAGUACGACCCUACCUUACACAGAAAGCGGCACAGGUCCUAAUCCAGGCACUUGUCAUCUCCCGUCUGGAUUACUGCAACUCGCUGUUGGCUGGGCUCCCUGCCUGUGCCAUUAAACCCCUACAACUUAUCCAGAACGCCGCAGCCCGUCUGGUGUUCGACCUUCCCAAGUUCUCUCAUGUCACCCCGCUCCUCCGCACACUCCACUGGCUUCCAGUUGAGGCUCGCAUCUACUACAAGACCAUGGUGCUUGCCUACAGAGCUGUGAGGGGAAUGGCACCUCCUUACCUUCAGGCUCUGAUCAGACCCUACACCCAAACGAGGGCACUACGUUCAUCCACCUCUGGCCUGCUAGCCCCCCUACCUCUACAGAAGCACAGUUCCCGCUCAGCCCAGUCAAAGCUAUUUGCUGCUCUGGCACCCCAAUGGUGGAACAAGCUCCCCCACGACGCCAGGACAGCGGAGUCACUGACCACCUUCCGGAGACACUUGAAACCCUACCUCUUUUUAAGGAAUACCUGGAAUAGUAUAAAGUAAUCCUUCUACCCCCCCAUAAAAAUAAAUUAAAAAAAGAAGAAAAAAAGUGGUUGUCCCACUGGCUAUCAUAAGUUGAAUGCACCAAUUUGUAAGUCGCUCUGGAUAAGAGUGUCUGCUAAAUGAUGUAAAUGUAUUUCUGUUUUUAAUUUUUAUUACAUUUGCAAAAAAAAUCAAAACCUGUUUUUUCGCUUUGUCAUUAUGGGGUAUUGUGUGUAGAUUGAUGAGGAACAUUUAUUUGAUACAUUUUAGAAUAAGGCUGUUCCACAAAAUGUGGAAAAAGUCCAGGGGUCUGAAUACUUUCCGAAUGCACUGUAAGUGUUACAUGGCAUUACUGUCUGAAUCAAAAGUAUCAUAGUAUUAUAACAAUAAUAUUUAUGUCACCUGUCUGAUGUGUAGAUUACCAGUAAAAGCAAAGAGUCCACAUGGGCACUGGUGAACAGUGUCUGUGAUGCUUUCUCUGGAUGGCUGCUCAUGCUACUGAUUGGACUCAUGUCAGGUCAGUCUAAAUGGAUACAGAUUUAUGAUACAGAAAUGCUUUUUCAUUUGAUUCCCUCUACUAAGACCCACACGGCAACGCACCUGGAAGCCAUUGAUUGUGUUAGUAAUUUACCUUGUGGUCUAUUCCAGGUGCAUUGGCAGGUGGGAUCGACAUAUCAGCCCACUGGAUGACAGACCUGAAGGAAGGGGUUUGUCUGAACGGGUUCUGGUUCAACCAUGAACACUGCUGUUGGACCUCCAACGAGACCACCUUCCAAGAGAGGGACAAGUGUCCACAGUGGAAAAGCUGGGCUGAGCUCAUCAUCGGCAGAACAGAGGCGUGCUAAAAUAGUAUUACUUGACCCAUUGUGUUUGUUGUAUGUGAUUAUUUUGGUCCCAGUCUGAUUGUGAAAUGUCUGUCUGCAGGGUCCCUUUGCGUACAUUAUGAACUAUCUAAUGUAUGUGUGCUGGGCUCUACUAUUCUCCUUCCUGGCUGUGACACUGGUCAGGGCCUUCGCCCCCUAUGCCUGUGGCUCUGGAAUCCCAGAGGUAAGACUACAUUAUUCCUUUACCCUUAUUUGAUAUGUCUUCUUUUGAAUGAGGACAAAGUAUGUGGUUUAUUUUCCCAUGCUAUUUAUUUUCUCUCCCAGAUCAAAACCAUAUUGAGUGGUUUCAUCAUCCGAGGGUACCUGGGGAAGUGGACCCUAGUGAUUAAGACCAUCACCCUGGUCCUGGCUGUGUCGUCAGGGCUCAGCCUGGGGAAGGAGGGACCCCUAGUCCACGUGGCCUGCUGCUGUGGCAACAUCCUCUGCCACCUCUUCACCAAGUACCGAAAGAAUGAGGCCAAGCGCAGAGAGGUGAGGAACAGGGCCUAAAGUGUUGUUUUUGGUCCACCAGCCACUGUGGCAGGUAGAUGAACAAAUAUAAUAGCCACUCAGAUUUUUUUACCAGACAACUUUUUAUUUUAACGCCAUAAUUACCUAAAAAAACAAGAUGGCCAUGCUUACUGUUUCUAAAACAAGAAAUGUAUUAGUAAGAAGUAUUGUGAUAUAUAUUGUGUUGUGAUAUAUAUUGUGAUCUAUUUCUCAAUUUCAUGUCAUUUUUUUUGUGACCCGAGUCUUUUAACCAAAAUAUCAGAUGAAACUAAAUGUUCAGCUGCCCCUUCAAGGGUGGGAGGUUACCGUGGUAACAGGACCACUGAGUCGUGUGUCUGUGUUAUUUUGGAUCCUACUAGUAGUAGACAGCAUAUCUUCGCUAUCAGUUGAAGCAGCAGACUCAAACUAACAUUGAAAAACAACCGACCUUGUGAACAAAACAAUGUAAAUAGCCAAGAAACAGGAGGACAAAGUCUCACUUUAUAAACUUUUGAGUAAAUUAGACCAGCUUUUAUGCCUGUUAGCAACGCCUCCAAAAAUGAAUAUAUCAGCACACUGCACAAAGCUCCCCUGCCAGGCAGUGUCGCUGUGCGUGGUGGGAUAUAGAUUCGUAUUUCUUUGUGAGAUUAGCAGCUAUAAAACUAAACGGCAGAAAUACUUUGAAAACAGCUACUGCAGCAUUUUUCAUACUUUACGUUUGACCAUUUUUAUUUGCGAAUGUAACACUCGCAUUUUAGAGCCCUGCAAAUUGACCACCCGCCAACGUGGCUGGUGAAAUAGACGUUCUUACCCCUAAAAUCUACCUGCAUGUGGCGGGUGGCAGGUGUUAAUUUUAUACCCUGGUGAGGAACACUGCACUGGGCUAUUCACAAACAUCUGAACCCUUUUUUAAAUGGAUGUAUACAAUACUGGUUAACCUUUUAAGUAUGUUUCAAAGAACUGGCACAAAUUGCUAAACAUUGGACCACUGAUGUUGUUUUGCAUUGACUCUGAAAUCAAGCUGUAUCAAAAGAAUGAGAGCGUCAAGUCCGAUUCAGCGCAGGAAAACCCCAUUAAACUAUAAAUAGCCUGUAGCCGGUCUCAUGGUUUUAUGAUUUCAACAAACACAUACCCCAAGGCGAUGUUUUUGCUCCUCUGCUACAGUGAGAUACUAUUAAUGGAAGUACAAUGCCACAAACAUGUAGUGACUCUGUCUUCCUUCUGUAAACGUUGUGCCUGAGAUUUAUUUUCCAACAAAGAGAUAUUUUGCAUUGAGUCAUGAAUCAGCAAGCAUAUUAUUAUUUGUUAUUUAGCCCUGUUGCUGAGCUGUGUUGUAAAGCAUGAAUGGACUGACACAUUGAUCACCUUCUUCUUCCUUCCUCUGCUUGGUGGUUUGUGUGUCAGGUUCUGUCUGCUGCUGCUGCCGUUGGUGUGUCUGUGGCUUUUGGUGCCCCCAUAGGAGGAGUGCUCUUCAGUCUGGAGGAGGUAACAAGUGACUCAGCUGUCUUCUUAUGCAAAUCUAUGGGCUCUAUGACUGUCAAGUUGAAACACUCUUAAAGUUAACGUUUGAAAGUAAUAAAGUUGACAAAGUUAAACAUUUGACUAAGAGCACUGUGUAACUGUCCGUCUCCUCAUGGUGCUGUCAGGUGAGCUACUACUUCCCUCUGAAGACGCUGUGGCGGUCGUUCUUCGCAGCCCUGGUGGCAGCCUUCACCCUCCGCUCCAUCAACCCAUUUGGAAACAGCCGCCUGGUGCUGUUCUAUGUGGAGUUCCACACCCCCUGGCACCUCCUGGAGCUCAUACCAUUCAUCCUUCUGGGCAUCUUCGGGGGCAUCUGGGGCGCCUUCUUCAUCCGCGCCAACAUCGCGUGGUGCCGGAGGCGUAAGACCACGUGGCUGGGCCACUACCCGGUCCUGGAGGUGCUUGUUGUCACAGCGCUGACGGCGGUGGUGGCUUUCCCUAACAGCUACACCCGCACCAGCACCAGUGAGCUCAUCUCUGAGCUCUUCAACGACUGUGGCCUGCUGGACUCCUCCAAGCUGUGUAACUAUGACAACGCCAACGUCACCAAGAGCAGCAACGAGCUACCGGACCGCCCGGCUGGAGAUGACGUUUACACGGCCAUGUGGCAGCUGUCCCUGGCCCUGGUCUUUAAGAUGCUCAUCACCGUGGUUACCUUCGGCAUGAAGGUACUGGAGAACCUCCAGCAUAUCUAUAUGGUACAUCUGUCCAGAGAUUUCACUGGUGCUCUUCCCUGUGAUUUGAGUGUUAAUAUAACGGUGUCGUUCCUCCAGGUUCCCUCUGGUCUUUUCAUUCCCAGUAUGGCGGUGGGGGCGAUCGCAGGCAGGCUGCUGGGGAUAGGCAUGGAGCAGCUAGCCUACUACCACCAUGACUGGGCGGUCUUCAGGGGCUGGUGCUCCCCUGGUGCUGACUGCAUCACCCCAGGCCUCUAUGCCAUGGUGGGGGCUGCUGCCUGCUUAGGUAAGGCCUGCACGGGUACUGGAUGUUGGCACCUUGCAUGUUUAAGAGAUUUUCCUUCACUUGUUUUUGUCUUUACUCUAAACUCCCUUUUCCUGGUUAAAUGUUGUCUUGAGGGUAUGCCUCAUGUUUUGUGCCUCCACCCCUCUCUCUGUGCCACCCACUCCCUCCCCACUGGCUUUGUGCCCACAGGUGGGGUGACCCGUAUGACCGUGUCCCUGGUGGUCAUCAUGUUCGAGCUGACCGGAGGGCUGGAGUACAUCGUGCCCCUGAUGGCCGCAGCCAUGACCAGUAAGUGGGUGGCAGACGCCAUCGGGCGUGAGGGGAUCUACGAAGCUCACAUCCGUCUCAACGGAUACCCCUUCCUGGAGGCCAAGGAGGAGUUCAGCCAUAAGACCCUGGCCAUGGACGUGAUGCGGCCGCGUCGCAGUGACCCGCCGCUCUCCGUACUGACCCAGGACGGCAUGACGGUAGAGGACGUGGAGACCAUGAUCACUGACACCACCUACAGCGGCUUCCCUGUGGUGGUCUCCCAUGAGUCCCAGCGCCUAGUGGGCUUCGUGCUGCGCAGGGACCUCACCAUCUCCAUAGGUAGGGAUGACCGAUCAUCAUUAUCAUGUGUUGAGGUGCUGGCUUUUGAGCCACAUGCUCUUUCACCUUUGUCAAAACAAUGUAAUGUAUUCUUAAUAAUAAUACAUGAUAUUUAUAUAGCGCUUUUCAAGGACCCAAAGUCGUUUCUUAUUUGGUCUUAUCCCACUGCCACCCCUCAGUAACCCCUCCCUCUCCUCUCAGAUAAUGCCAGUUUCUCUGCCACCCCUCAGUAACCUCUCCUCUCAGAUAAUUCCAGUCUCUCUGCCACCCCUCUGUAAACCCUCCCUCUCUCCUCUCAGAUAAUGCCAGACAGCGUCAGGAUGGGAUAGUGAGCACAUCGAGGGUCUUCUUUACAGAGUACACGCCCCCUCAGCCCCCCAACAGCCCCCCUCCUCUGAAGCUCAGAGGCAUCAUGGACCUUAGUCCCUUCACUGUCACAGACCACACCGCCAUGGACAUUGUGGUGGACAUCUUCAGGAAGCUGGGACUGCGCCAGUGCCUCAUCACACACAAUGGGUAAGACACCUGCUACUGAGAACUAGCUAUGUAAUUAGGGACCUCUACUUACAUCUAUAGUGGACUGAUUUCAUAAGUAGAACAUAGCAGCCCCCCAAGACAAACAAAAAAAUUACUGUAAAUUGAUAACAGGUUUUAUAAAAAUAUGUGGAUUGGCUUAUACAUUUUUUUUUAAUCCUUCCUAAAGUUGUGUUGUAUUAUGGUAAGAAGUCCAGACCUCUUUGACAUUUUGUCCCUCUCUUUUUUUACAGCCGCUUGCUGGGUAUUAUCACAAAGAAGGACAUUCUGAAGCACGUGGCUCAGAUCGCCAACCGGGACCCAGACUCUAUCCUCUUCAACUGAUGCUAUAGUACCAGCUGUAGCACUUUAGGCCAGACAUCACUGUGGAACCACAGCUUUUACCCAGGCCUGUCUCCAUUGCACUUUCAUGUCUAGUGGAUUCCUCCUUGCAGUGACAGCUGGCCACUCCAUUAGAACUGGAGAGGUAGAGGAUUCGUUGUUCUUCAACAGCAAGCUGGCUUUCCAGGAUUGGCCCAAAUGAUGAGUUGGAUUUUGAAAAACUGUAUGACUUGUUAAAUGAGCGUCAGUAACUGGGAGAAUAUUUUUUUCUUGGCUCUAUUGGCAGGAGUGGUCUUCCUCUUCAGUUGACAGAUGAGAGUAGGCAUGCUGGGUGUGGCAUGUGUCUCUGGAGAGACCAAGGAUUGUAAAUCAGCAGAGACGAGUCUGAGAUUUAAACCACACCACUGCCAAGACAUACUCCACCUUCCCUCCUCCACAAAGACAUCUUAACCCAUACAAUCACUAAGCGAGGAGUGAAAAUGAUCAGCCUCCACCUAUCAAAGUAUCAUGAAGAAAUUCUCAGCUGAAAUUGUGAAGUCUGCCUGAAAUAUUUGUCAUGAAUGAGCACUUGCAUAUGGCUGUCAAGACUAAAUGUAUUUUAUAUGGCAUUAUAGCUACACAGUUUAGCUAUAGAGAAAAGUGUUUCUCUCCUUGGUAAUGUCAUAUUCCUCAUUGCGUUUUUGUCAUGUAAUUGGUUGUGGUUUUAACACAGACCUGGAGAUGAUGUCCUCUUCGUACAGGGACACUGUAAAACAGCAUGGAUUUCUUAUUCAUUAUUCACCAGGAUAAAAUAAGCUGCAUAAAAUAACCCUCCUCUGAAACCAGCAUGCUGUGGUUCAUUUUGACCACAGGGAGGUACUAAUGUGCACUACCUAGAUGUGGUUUACGGUCACAUUACUACAUUUACAUUUACAUUUUAGUCAUUUAGCAGACGCUCUUAUCCAGAGCGACUUACAGUUAGUGAAUACAUCUUUUUUUUAAUUAUUUUUUUUAUUUUUAUACUGGCCCCCCGUGGGAAUCAAACCCACAACCCUGGCAUUGCAAACACCAUGCUCUAUCAACUGAGCUACAUCCCUGCCGGCCAUUCCCUCCCCUACCCUGGACGACGCUGGGCCAAUUGUGCGCCGCCCAUGAGUCUCCCGGUCGCUACAUUUUAGUACCAGGUUAUCAGCAACAAACACUCAACAGUGGAAAAUAAUGAAAUAUGAAUGUACCUUUUCAGUUAAUGUUACGUAUUGUAUAAGUUUAUGGGUCACUUUAUCCGGCACACUACAGAAUCCUCAGUAGUGUGCCGGGUAGUCGGAGUAUGAGGUCGUAGAGAAGAGUAGUGUUGGAUGAGGUGAGGGAUGAUCGAGCGAGAGGUCUCCAGUGUGUCAAAUCUCUUUUCGUCCUCCAGCUCUUACCUCUCCUCUCGCAAUGUCCAUGGAUCUGCAUGCCCUUCCUACCUGCUGGCUAAGGCCAAGGCAGGGGCAGGCGAUCUGGAGACGGGACUGGCCUGUCAACAGUCUAGUAAAGAACUCUGGAUCUCUUCUCCCUUUUACCUCAUGCUGUCUCACGAGACCCUCAUGUCUUACCCUCCCUACAACAUCAAAGUCCACACUAAGAAUGAUUAAUUGAAACGUAGCAUACUGUCUCUUACACAUUAACUAAGCUGAGGGACCUCAAAUCUCACUUUUACCUAGAGCAGAUACCCUGGGAGGUUGAUGGUGGACGUUCUUAAACUAGAUUAAUGUAUUCCUGUACCUUUUAAGGACAAGUGUGACUUCAACCAAGUCUGACCCUUUUUGUAUUGUAUACCGUAGUUCAUUACAUCAGUAAAAUACUUUGGGGUCUCAUAGAGCUAAACACAUUAUCACAUAAAAGCACUCCAUUUAAAAAUACUUAUCAGUUGUUUUUGGAGAUGCAGCUACAGUAAUCAUAUGUAACAUCAUCAAACCAUAUGUCUAUGUUAUUUGUAUUUGUAUUUAUGCUAACUGCAAUGGGUUUGUAUCACUACCAUCUUAUGUAAACGUGCAACUGAGAUUCAUUUCAUAUUUGCUAUGAAUUAAAACAACGUUAACCUUCAC